AUGCCAUUUAGUUCAUUACGAGGUAUUCGUUCGGUUUUGUCAUAUUAUCAAUAUUUACGUUACUUUCAAUUACAACAACGAUGUCUUGUUACUGUUACUGAUGAAUACCGUCCAACAACAAAAUCACGUGCAUCAAUUAAAGGUGUUGAGUUACUUCGAAAUCCAGCAUUCAAUAAAGGUAUGGCAUUUACACUUGAAGAAAGACAACAUAUGGGUAUUCAUGGUUUGUUACCACCAGCUGUUCUUACACAAGACAUUCAAGCACUUCGUUUUAUGAUCAAUUUUCAUCGAAUGAAUAAUGAUCUCGAUCGAUAUACAGAAUUAAUGAAUCUAUCGGAUCGAAAUGAAAAAUUAUUUUUUAGAGUUAUUGCAGAUAAUAUUGAAGAACUUAUACCAAUUGUUUAUACACCAACAGUUGGUCUUGCUUGUCAAAAAUAUGGUUUAGUAUUUAAACGACCAAGAGGUUUAUUUAUAACUAUACAUGAUAAAGGUCAUAUAUAUGAUAUACUCUGCAAUUGGACAGAACGACACGUUAAAGCAAUUGUAGUAACGGAUGGUGAACGUAUUUUAGGUUUAGGUGAUUUAGGUGCAUCUGGUAUGGGUAUACCAGUUGGAAAAUUACAAUUAUAUACGGCUAUUGCUGGCAUUCCACCACAACAUUGUUUGCCAAUUAUGCUCGAUGUUGGAACAAAUAAUGAAGAAAUCUCAUCCAGUCCUCUUUAUGUUGGUUUAAGACAAAAUCGAGUUACGGGUAAAGAAUAUGAUGAAUUCAUUGAUGAAUUUAUGGCUGCUGUUGUACAACGUUUUGGAUGGGAAUGUCUUAUUCAAUUUGAAGAUUUUGCCAGUCAUAAUGCAUAUCGAUUACUUGAACGUUAUCAAAAAACAUAUUGCACAUUCAAUGAUGAUAUUCAAGGAACAGCUGCAGUUGUUCUUGCUGGUGUCUUUGGUGCACUUCGCAUCACAAGUACAAAAUUAAUUGACAAUACAUAUCUUUUUGUUGGAGCUGGUCAAGCUGCAUGUGGUAUUGCUGAUUUACUAACACAUGCAAUGGUACGUGAAGGUGCUUCAAUUGAAGAAGCAAGAAGUAAAAUUUGGAUGUAUGAUGUUCAUGGUCUUAUUGUCGAAGGUCGACCACAAGGAGAUUUAGAAGGACAUAAAGCUCCUUAUGUGAAGAAAGGUAAAGCAAUAAAAGAUCUUGCUGCAGUUGUUGAUUUUGUUAAACCAAGCAUGCUUAUGGGUGCUAGUGGAGUUGGACGUCUUUUUCAUGAAGGUGUUCUUAAAAAGAUGGCUCAAAUUAAUGAACGUCCUCUCAUCUUUGCUUUAUCAAAUCCGACAAGUCGUGCUGAAUGUACAGCAGAAGAAGCUUAUCGUGAAACAGAUGGUCGAUGCAUAUUUGCAUCUGGUAGUCCAUUUAAACCGGUUGUUUAUAAUAAUAAAACGUUUCAUCCGGGACAAGGCAAUAAUGCAUAUAUAUUUCCAGCUGUUGCUUUAGCUACUAUUGCAUGUUCAGCUCGGCAUGUUGAAGAAGAUAUAUUUUUAAUAGCAGCUCAGAAACUUGGUUCAUUGGUUAGUGAAGACGACUUGAGUAAUGGUCGUGUUUAUCCGCCUAUACCCAAAACACAUGAAGUAACAGUUAAAAUAGCAGCACAUUUAGCUGAACAUCUUUAUGCAACGAAAAAAGCUUGGAAUUAUCCAGAACCUGACGAUAAAGAAGAAUUUAUUCGUAUGCAAUUGUAUGAUACAUCAUAUGAAUAUUUUGGUCCGAAAACAUGGAAGUGGCCUGAAAAAUAUAGUGCAGUACGAAGUGUUCCUUCGAUGGAUGAAAAUAUUGUUCUACAACCGUAA